AGCGAGGCGACGAACGUGCUGCUAAUGCGGUAUCUCGCUCUGAGAAACUUCCACGGAAGUCUUUCCUUCCAAAGCAUCAUGAUCAGUGGACAACUCACGACAUCCAAUUACAGAUGUACCGGAGCGCAAAGAAUGAAGCUGAACGGCAAGGUCCUCCCGGUUUAUACUAUAGAGCGCAGAAUGCAUGAGGAAUGCGGACUUAUCCACAAUACGAAGACAUACAUGACUCAGAGCGGGUAUAUAUUGCGACACGAUUGGCUGGAGAUUCCGUAUCUGGUGCAAAUCAAUUCACUCAUUGAUCCCAACGAUCUUGUCAACAAGGAUCAAAAUAUUGUCACUCCACUGAGGUCAAGAUGGAGAAGCGAUGUUCAAAUGAUAUCAAUGUACCUUGAUAAAAAGACCUGCCAAAUGGCGCAGCAAACGGAAUACCUCACCGAUCACCCCGAGAUCAAGCAGUUGAUAAGCGAUUUCACGCAGACAUUGUUAGCCGUGAAGCCGGUUAACGUCUUAUCAUUUACGGUUCAACAUUUCGCGGCAUUUGCCAAAAAUCCCGACCUGUCCAAGGUCGGCCCGUCAGGCGAAUCAAAUCUGGAUAUAAUGUCACAGCUGUCUACGUACAAGCCAAGACGAGUAUGCAGUGUCUGCGGAAUUUGCUUCGAGUGUCUAAUGUCGGAGCAGCCUCCCAAUAAUGUUGAGCGCAAACGCACGGCUCGGGGCUCGAAGAGCCCAGCAUUUUCGACGUGUUCCGUAUUCACAAAAUGUCCCAGUGACGCAACUUGCGUCAGAAAGUUGUCAGAUAGCAGCGACCCGAGCGUUACUUGUUCCGACGAUUGUAGAACUUGUGAACCCGGAGAAAAGCACACUAGCAUUUGCAGCUUACAUCCUGAGUGUCUACUCACGUGCGAAGGGUGUCAACAUGAAAGAGAACUGUGCCAAGUACACAAGGACUGUCCGGAAUGUCUGGGAUGCCGUAAGGUUUGCAGUCUUUAUCCACAGUGUAAAAAAACUUGCGAGGGAUGUCGAGUCGUCAAAGAACCGUGUCGUGUGCAUAAGGAUUGUCCUGAGUGUCCUGGAUGCCGUAAUUUAUGUAGCUUUCAUCCAGAAUGUGAAAAAACUUGCGACGGAUGUCGAAUGACCGAAGAAGAACCAUGUAAUGUGGAUAAGGAUUGCAAUGAGUGUCCUGGAUGCCUAAGUAAAAUCUGCAGCUUUCAUCCAGAAUGUGAAGAAACGUGCGAAGGAUGCCAACCUGUUAAAGAACCGUGUCGUGUGCACAAGGCUUGCCCCGAGUGUCCUGGAUGCCAUAAAGUCUGCAGCGAGAUCGGAGUUUCUUCAAAUUGCGUAAAGUGCAACAUUGAAAUACUCCCAGAGAGCGCUAAAGUUGUUUUCAAUCUGGACAGCGAAAAUUAAAGAGUACCCAGCGGAUGGUGUAUAAAACAAUAAAGAAUGUUUAAUUUAUGGUACUAUGUAUAAUACAAUACGCUAGCAGUAGUGGCGGCAGAGAACCAAAUUAUUUAUGUAUAUAUGUCCUGCGCGCGCGCGCGUGUGUGUGUGUGUUUGUGUGUGUGAAUUUAAAAUAUAUUGAUGAGCGAUUUAAUUAUCUUUCAUGUUUAAGAAUUCACGUGUUUUUCACUCGAUGGCAAUAAAAUAAGUAUAAUCUCCUCAAAAUCUGUCGUCGAUAUCUCAUCAUUCGUUACUGUUCAUCGUUUAGAAAACUGGCUUCUGAGGAUUGCAUAUUACACAA